CUCAUAUAAUUAUUUAAUUAUGAUUUAGAUUUCGUCCUUACUGUGUAGAGUUGAUAUUAAUUUGAUUUGAGUACUUAUAUGUGACAUUGUAAACAGAAGUAAUUCUGAAGGAGUCCCAAGGAAAAACAAAUUAAAAAGAAAAACAUUUCCUUAUACAAUUUUGGGUAAAUAUGUAUUGUACGGAUUAGCGCCAAAAAAAAUCGUACAAAUAUGAAAUAACUUUCAUUAUAUGCUCUUUUACGUCCUCUUUUCAAAACCGCCUGCGGAGAUUAAAAAUUCCAAUUACUUUUGGAGAUAUCGCCGUUAUUAUUUUGCAAUACAAGCCCUAUGUAAUCAUUCAACAGACGCCAUUUUAUAUUUUGCCGUGUGUGCGUGAAUGCCUAAAUAACAGAAAUUUUCCAUUAGGUAAGGUUAGUUACAUGAUAAAUACUUUAAAAUAAACGGAAAUUAAAAAUAAUAUCAAUUAAUUUUACUGGUAUAGUUUUAAGUAUUUAUAAUGUAACUGACCUGACCUAACAAAACGGGACAAAGGUAGAUUAGGUCAGGUCAGCUACAGUAUAAAUACUUUGAAACUGAACGGACAUUAAAAAUAAUAAAAAUUAAUUUUAAUGGUUGUUUAGUUUUAAAGUAUUUAUAAUGUAGCUGACCUGACCUAACAAACCGGGAAAAAGGAUGAACAGUAGGAACUCACGUAAUUUUCUUUUUACGUGAUGUAGUCGUUCAACUACGUCGCGGAAAAAAAAAAUCAUACUUGUAAACAAGCAACAAUGGUGAACGCGGGAAGCCUACGAUUCACUCAUCUUUCUGGACAUACCCGAAUACUCACGUUGGCAAGCCUUCUUUCAACAGAUGAGAGGCAAACGCCCGAUCGUGCAUCUUCGGUUUUUUUAAUUUUUUUUAUUGUAAAUAAAUAUGCAACUUAUGAAAACUAAUGGUCAAUUAGGUUAUGUUAGCUACAUUAUAAAUACUUCAAAACAUUGUGGAUGGUUGAUUUGGUUAGGAGGUAAAUAUUUACUUGGGCGGUAUUUCCGAAAAAAUUUUUUAAAAAUCCGAAAAUACCUUUAUAUAAUGCUCUUCAACUUCCUCUUUUCAUUAAAAGCGGCGGAGAUUAGAAAUUCCAAAUACUUUAGGAGAUAUCGAAUUUUUAAAUUUCUUCAUAUGUAGUUGAGCGGUAUUUGCGAAAAAAAAUGUUAAAAAUCCGAAAAUACCUUUAUUAUAUGCUCUUCAACUUCCUCUUUUCAUUAAAAGCGGCGGAGAUUAGAAAUUCCUAAUACUUUAGGAGAUAUCGAAUUUUUAAAUUUCAGCACAAAACCAGCGCAUUCCUGUGGCGUGCGUGCACCAUUGUUUCUUGUUUACGUACGAGACUACGAGUAUUUUUUUUUUAUUGGAUAAUGAUGUCACGUGAUUGUUCGUGAUAGGCCAGAAUUCAAAUUAACUAAUACGUGAUUAUUUAGUUCAAUUAUUGUUUAAAACGGUGUUUAAUUACCGCCUCCAACUUAGGUGAGUUUUUAACGUUUCUAAUUGUAAAGUCUUAUUUGUUAUUUUGAUAUUGUUGCGCAAAUAAUAAGUAACAAAAAAAUUUACGUCAGUUGUUACUGUACAUCCUUUGUUACGGGUUUGUUAGGUAAGGUCAGUUACAUUAUAAAUAAUUUAAAACUAAGGAAUAAUUAAAAUUAAUUCACAUUAUUUUUAAUAUCACCUUAGUUUGAAAGUAUUUAUAAUGUAACUGACCUGACCUAAUCGACCAUUUUAGUUUACUGUUCACCCUUUGUCCGGGUUUGUUUGGUCAGGUCAGUUACAUUAUAAAUAUUUUAAAACUAAACAGCCAUUAAAAUUAAUUCACAAAAUAAUUUUUAAUGUCGGCUUAGUUUGAAAGUAUUAAUAAUGUAACUGACCUGACCUAAUCAACCAUUUUAUUAAUUACGCAUUCACGUCUCACGAACACACGGCAAAAUAACAAAAAUGGCGCCGCUCGAAUGGUUCCACAGGUCUUGUAUUGCAAAAUUAAAAAAUUCGAUAUCUCCUAAAGUAUUAGGAAUUUCUUAUCUCCGCCGCUUUUAAUGAAAAGAGGAAGUUGAAGAGCAUAUCAUUAAGGUAUUUUCGGAUUUUUAACAUUUUUUUUUGCAAAUACCGCUCAACUACAUAUGAUGAAAUUUAAAAAUUCGAUAUCUCCUAACGUAUUUGGAAUUUCUUACCUCCGCCACUUUUAAUGAAAAGAGGAAGUUGAAGAGCAUAAAAUAAAGGUAUUUUCGGAUUUUUAACAUUUUUUCUCGGAAAUACCGCCCAAGUAAAUAUUUACCGGUUAGGAUAGCUACAUUAAAAAUACUGUGAAAUCAUGUAAACGGUUUCCUAGCGCUGGAUAGCUACAUAUUAAAAAGUUAUUUGCUAAGCAACCAUAAAAUGAUUUUACAGUUUUUUUAAUGUAGCUAUACUUACCUAAUAUAACCAACCAUCCACAGUGUUUUAAAGUAUUUUUAAUUACUUCUUGCUAAUUUUAAGAAAAGAAGGUUUGCCAACGUGAGUAUUCGGGUAUGUCCAGAAGGAUGUGUGAAUCGUAGGCUUCCCGCUGAACGCCGCAUCAGUGCACAACAUGAAAAUUAAAAAAUUCCAUAUCUCCUAAAGUAUUUGGAAUUUCUGAUCUCCGCCGGGUUUAAUGAAAAGAGGAAGUUAAAGAGCACAGAAUAAAGGUAUUUUCAGAUUUUAAAAAUUUUUUUUAAAAAAAUCACCAAAAAAUGAAUAUUAAAAAAUUCGAUAUCUCCAAAAGUAAUUGGAAUUUUUUAUGUCCGCAGGCGGUUUUGAAAAGAGGACGUAAAAGAGCAUAUAAUGAAAGUUAUUUCAUAUUUGUACGAUUUUUUUUGGCGCUAAUCCGUACAAUACAUAUUUACCCAAUUUUGAAUCAAGUAGUGUUCUAACGUAGCGGCUUUUUCAUUAAAAAAAAACAUAAAAUUCCUCUUAAGAUGUUUCUUUAUUUACUUUGAAAACAGUGUUUCUAAACUUUAUUUGGUUUCUGAGAAAUCUGUUAUAGGUUACAUUAGGUAGCCUGUGCAGAAAAGCGGUCUUCGCUUUAGUAUUGCAACAAGGGUAAACUUAAGAUUCACACCAAUGUUUGCAGCUUGCAUGUGCAACUUUGGUAGCAGAAUUAAAAUAGAAUUAAAAUGUGAAAGAAUAAUGUUGAUAUCGUUUUUCAUGGACUUUCGUUAUGGAUUAAUUAGAGAAUUGUCGAGCUACGUUUGAAAUACGUUAAAAUUCUUAUGUAUCUUAAUUUCCGAAAAUGAAUAAUAAAAUUCUGAAAAUAUUUUUUGACGUGACGUCUAAUAAAUCGAUGAACGCCGGCUGCACGCACAAAAGAGUGUCCCGUUACGCACAUUGUCCCAUUACUCAUUGUACGCUAUCGCCACAUCUAUCUCUCUUCCACUCGAUUGGAACAACCAUCGAUUUGACUUUUUCAAGGUACAUUAAACUUGAAACAUCCCAUUCGUUUCCUACUUUUCCUAUCAUCAUCCUAUCCUUAACAGAAUAACACAGAUUGGAAAAAGUUAAAUAGCAAACAUGUAUAAAAGUGAUAGUUAAAAUAAUCUCUUCGUUAAAGUAAUAAACAUAUUUGAAUUAUGAGUGCAAAUAAAAGUAAAUUUAUCAAUUAAACUGUAGAUUUAAUUUCACUCCUUAGUAUCCAUAGAAAAUAGUGAUAAUUCCAUAAAAAUGUUUCAAUUUUAUUCAUAAAAGUAUGCAAUCAUUUCAUCAAUGUUUUGUUAUGAUGUCACGUUAAACAAUUGUCCGUAAACCGACUUUACAGACAACCAAUUUUUUUUUCUUCAAACACUAUAGAUGUUCUUGUAUUCACCCUGAAAACAGCAUUGACAAGUUCUUACUGGUUUAUGAGAAAUGACAGUUUAUAGCUUACAUUACAAUACCUGUGCAUUAAAGUGGCCCGCCCCAUUUUUUGGUUUCCAGCGUGGGUCUGUGUGUUUAUGUUUUGGAGAACUUUAGUUAAAUAAUGAGAGUGGUCGAUUAGGUUGGUUGUGGUACUUUAAAAGUACUUUAAAUCAUUGUGGAUGGUUGGUUAGGAUAGAUAUAUUAAAAAUACUGUAAAAUAUUUUUUGGUUGCUUAGAAAUUACUAAUUUAAGAUAUAGCUAUCCUGACCUAACCAAACAUUCACAUGAUUUUACAAUAUAUUUAACCUAAUCAACCAUCCACACUUUUUAUUUGAAAGUAUUUUAAAUGUAGCUAGACUAUUCUCUAAUUUCUCUAUCACUUAGUCAAUGAAAUAAAAUAUGGACAUCUUUUAUCCGUGUUUUUAUUCGCUAAUAAAGUUGCUUGUGCGAGCUGCAAACUUAGGUAACCUUCUGUGAAUUUUUGAACUGUUCGGGCCUCGAAAUGGACUUGUGUGAAUGGAUUGCUACGCUAUGUUGCAAUUUUAAGCAACCAUUAAAAAUAAUUUACAGUAUUUUUAAUGGAGCUUACCCUAAUCUAAACAACUAUUCUCGUGAUGUAACAAGUUUGUAAUUUUUAUACCGAUCAUGCACAAACAAGGCCUAGGAAUGGAAUGUUUCGAAUGUUGGGUUUGCUGAUCCUGUGUUUCUCUGUAUAUAAAGAUGUUAAAAAAUUGGCGAUGGCUCCAUCAGUACAUAGGUUUUUACAAUGUAAGCUUUAAACAGCGAUUUCCAAGAAACCAGUAGGAAUAUAAAGAAGCUGUUUUCAAGGUAUUUGGUAAGCUCUGACAGCAUGGAACCUAUCUGCACAAAAAAUGAAUCAUGAACAUUGUGAACACUGUUAUGAUAUACGCACGUGUGCUUUGCUAAGCCAAGACAAAGGGAGCUGCAAGAUUGUUUCUUGUGGGCUUAAUUGUGGAGCCAGGUUUCACCUAUGUAAACUAGCUAAGCAUCAAUUGCUAUGCCCUAAUGAAAAAGUGCCUUGCAUCAAUAGGGCCAAUGGCUGUCCUGCAGUAGUAUAUCGAUGUCAGAAAGCCAAUCAUCUGAAGACAUGUCCAGCCAAACUUGCCCAAGGUGCUUUGAGAUUGAAUUCUUGGCCAAUGUUACAAAAUAGUCGUGUUGCUACAUUAGUAGGUGGUGACAUUUCACUUCCAGCAGGAUCGUUCAGAUGCCAGACAGAUGCUGGAGAUGAAGUUAAGGACAUGUUCAAGUUUGAGUUUUGGUUGGAAAAUCUCAAGCACACCUCACCACAAAAUGAGUUUAGCACUCUGGCUAAUUUUAUCAAAGAUAGUGAAGUGAGUGAAGUAUUUUGUGGGAGGUUUGUAUCAGACACAGUAAUCACUGAGUAUGCUACACGUGAAAGUGCUUAUACAAAAUUCAAUAAAGGAACAAUACCAUAUGGUUGUUUCAAUAAAAUUAUUUAUCAUUUUGAUUAUGAACGAAAUUUUGGCAUGAAACACUCCAUGUGUCACAGCAUAAAUGAGCAUCAUCAGAUUUAUGGCAGUGUAAAAUGUUGGAUUGAACACAAGUGUCCACUAUCUUAUGAUGGUUGUACGUACUCUCUUAGAAGGAUUGAUCCAGUCAAUAAAGAUUCAUGCAAUGUACAAGAUUCAUUUAGCAACGUGGGACUGACAUCUCUACAUGGUUACUGUGAAAGUACAUCAGAUGGAAUGGAAAGCAGUGUACGUUCUUCUCUUGAAAGAGGACAUGAAGCAAUAAGUGAGUCAUAUGCAAAAUGCAAAAGAACAUCAUUUUCUUUAAAAUCUAAACCGUCCAUUCAGUCAACAUAUUGUACGGGGCUGCUUGAUCUCCCAUUAGAAUUACUGAGAGACAUUUUAAUGUACCUGGACCCAUACAGGUAAAAAAAAUUCAUUUUAGUAUAUAUUGUUAGUGCAUGUUAAGAAAAACAUUUCAAUUUUUGAAUAUAUUUUUAUUAUUUGUAAUGGUUAUUCACUUAUAUAACAUAAUGGUUGUUAAGGGCAGGGAUUUCAAACUUCGACCACAGGCAUUUUUCAUGUUAGUAUGUUAGUAUGCCUGAUAUGGGCCAACACAAUAUGUUGGCAGCAGAAUUAGUAAUUUUUUAAGCCAUAAAUCUAAAAUAUAUAUUAAAACAGUUCAGAUGUUAUAUGUUGCUUGUGCUCAUCACUUAAGACUGCACAAAUAAUGAAGAAAGGAAAUGUAGCCCGAAUAAAUAAAUAAAUAAUGAAAAACAAAUUUAAAAAGAGGUAUAGAAUUUAAGUAUUAUAAAUUUAAAGUAAUACUAUUCUUUUGUAUAUCUGGUAAACUGAUAAUUUAUAUCUUGGUAGUAAUGUGUGCAAAAUGUGUAUAAUGUUAGGGCGGUGGGCUGUUUGGUGCGGUGUUUUUCAGUAAAACAUAUUUGUCACUCAACAAACCUCCACAAGUACAGAAUGUUUUGGAUUUUGUUGUUAACAAUAUACUCCUUACGAAAAAUUAAAAUUUUAAAUUAUGUUUGUGGUAACGUGGAUUAUUAAUAUGAAUGUGGUUGGCAAAAUGCUCUGAACACUGGCAACACAGAGUCCAAGCACCCACAUUUCUGGUCACAGUAUUAUGCACAUAAUACUCUAGAGGAUUGACAUUUGUAUGUUUAGAAUAUGUAUUUAGUGGACAACCACCAAAAAUUACCGCAGUUCUUUAAAAUAGCAGGUGAGGUUAGUACAGGAUGGACACAGACUGGAAAAAGUCAGUGAAUUUAAAACAAGUCAGGGAAAACCUGGAAAUGUCAGAGAUAAUUAUGAUUGGUCAGGAAAUUUUUGAGAUAAAUUUUUUCUGCAUCGUAAUGUUUUCUUCAAUGGCCAUUUAUUGUAAAAUAGUGAUUUUAUCUAUAUCAGUUUUAAAAAAAAUGUGUCUGCAUAUUACCGUAUUUUCCAGAAUAAUCCACACCCAAUAGUUUUUAAAAUGUGAGUUGAAAUAAACAGUGCGCUGCUUAUUCAAAACUUGACAAUGCUGCAUGGUAACCCUGCAUAGCACCAAGUUCCAUCAAGGGCCAAGGUUUGUUAACCUGUUGUUGCUUAAUCGUUUACCGACAUCUUUUGGUUGCGAUUAUCUACGGUGGUUGAAAAACCCUAAAAUGAUUAAAAUUGAUGAUAAAAUGGGAAGUCAUACUAUACAAAGAAAGUCGUAUAAGUGACUUUAGUUUCUGAUUUAUUUUGUUUAUAACUUAGCAUUGUUUUCAGUGGUUAUUGCUGAAAUUUUAAUGGUGCUUCACUGCAGUAAACAAAACUGUAGUAUAGAUGAAUUAGCAAGUGGGUUUUCCGAUGUUGGCGACUCUGAGUCUGGGAAGAUGGCGGACAUGUGCAGUACAUAACAUUGGCGACGAGGUGGUUUUUUUAUAAUAAGUUCGUGGUUUCUCGGAAGAAUGGCUUCGUUUGGACGUAUGGACGAGUUCGAUGAACGUUCAGAUACAAUAGGGACGUAUUUGAAGAGGUUACGGCACUACUUUGACGCGAAUUCGGUGCCAGAGAGGAAACAGGUGGCGGUGUUGUUGUCUGUGAUCGGGAAGACGACGUUCGGGGUUUUGUGUGAUUUGGUGUCUCCAAGUGAACCGGGAAAUAAGUCGUUCGUAGAGCUAGAAGAAAUAUUGAAAACUCAUUAUAGCCCAAAGACACUCGUGAUUGCAGAACGGUUCAAAUUCCAUGGGCGUAUCCAAAAAGGAAAUGAAUCGAUAUCCGAGUUCUCAGUAGCCAUUAAGCACUUAGCACAAACAUGCAAUUUUGGCGCGUUUUUGCCGGAGGCUUUGCGGGACCAAUUUGUUAGCGGCCUGCGCAGUUCAAAUAUCCAACAAAAGUUAAUUGAAGCAGAAUACACGUUGGACCAGGCCUAUGCAUUGGCAACGACACUGGAGCAAGCGGAAAAACAACAGCAACUGUUCCAUGUUCCUCAAAGUCACAACAACAAUUCCGGGCCUCAGGCAUCGUCGGAAGAAGUGUAUAAAGUGCGGGUGCAACAAAAACAUCAGCCGGGGACGGGAGCAUUUGGAACUAGUGUUGGUCAACGGGAAUGCUAUCGGUGUGGUAGUAGGGAGCAUAUAGCGGUAGCGUGCCCAUACUCACAAUACAAGUGCCACACCUGUUCAAAGGUAGGACAUUUGGCUAAGAAAUGUCGCAAGCAGAAGGUGGCCGCAGUGUGGGGGGUGGCAAAACAAGACUCAAGGGUGCCCAUUGAGGGGAACAGAGGGGGUGAGGGCCAUAGCAAGGAAGUGAUGGAGUUGUUUAACGUACAGCACCCGGAGGGGGUGGCUUCAGUGGGGUACCAGGUACUGGUUAGGGUGGAAGGUAAACCACUGGUGAUGCAAGUGGAUACCGGAUCGGCAGUAACGUUGGUGUCAAAUGAAACAUACUUAGCAAACUGGCCAAACUUGCAGUUAAGUAAAUCGAAGGUCAAGCUGCGGACAUAUUUUGGGGAUGACCUACCAGUGAAAGGGGGUGCUCAAGUGGAAGUGGAAUAUAAGGAACAGAGGAGCAGACUUCAGCUAUUAGUGGUGGACUCGGGUCAACAGCGGCUUCCAUCACUAUUGGGAAGGGAUUGGCUCGGUCAUAUUCAGUUGGACUGGAACAGUAUUUGUGCAGUGAGUGUUAGCCAGAUACAUCUGGGGCGGGUACAGGAGGAAGUGCUAAGGGGGCUUCUGGAUAAGUAUGCGGGAAUAUUUAGUGGGGCGUUUGGAGAAAUUAAAAAUUUUGUGGCUAAUUUUACACUCAAGGAGGGGGCCUCACCAGUUUUCCUCAAGGCAAGGACGGUACCAUUUGCACUUCGAGACAAGGUGGACAAGGAGCUGCAGAAUUUGGAGAAACAGCACAUACUGGACAAAGUGGAAUACAGCAGCUGGGCGAGCCCACUGGUCAUUGUCCCAAAGGCGAACGGCGAGGUAAGAAUUUGUGCAGAUUUUAAGGGGACUGUGAACCCUAGAAUUGAACUAACACGCCAGCCACUCCCAGGCAUUGAUGAUGUGUUUGCAUCCGUAGCUAAUGGUAGGGUGUUUAGUGUACUGGAUCUGUCUAAUGCAUACCAGCAGUUGGUCGUGGGGAAGGAAUCACAGGAAUUGGUGACAGUGAACACCCAUAGGGGCCUGUAUAGAUACCGUAGGAUGCCGUUCGGCUUGUCGAGUGCUCCUGGUAUAUUUCAAGCGGUGAUAGAGCAGAUGUUACAGGGUAUUCCAGGAGUGGUGGCGUAUCUCGAUGACAUUCUGAUUACGGGGGGUUCAGUGGAGGAGGGGUUGGAGCGACUAGAAGCAGUGUUGGCGAGGUUGCAAGAACAGGGUGUACAGGUUAAGAAACAAAAAUGCCAUUUCUUGAAGGAAGAAGUUCAAUUUUUGGGGUAUGUUAUAAGUAGGGAAGGUAUUCGGCCAGCGGGCGAUCUACAAGAGGCAAUUAAAAAGGCACCGGUACCUACCACGGUGACACAGUUGAAGGCGUAUUUAGGCUUAAUCAAUUUCUAUGCCAGAUUUGUUCAGGGAAUGUCAGGCAAGCUGAAACCGCUGUACAAUUUAUUGGCAGAAGGAGCAGCAUGGACAUGGGAUGCCAACUGUCAACAAAUUUUUGAGGAAAGUAAGGAAUGGAUACUUCAGGCUCCAGUGUUAGUGCCCUUUGACCCGCAGAAACCACUAAUUGUAGCUAGUGAUGCCUCACAAUAUGGAGUGGGUGCAGUAUUGUCGCACAGGAUGCCAGAUGGCACAGAACGGCCCAUUUGCUUUGCGUCUAAAACCCUGUCCAAGGCGGAGCAGGGUUAUUGCCAAUUGCAGAAGGAGGCGUUGAGCAUCAUCUUUGCAGUACAGAAGUUCCACAAAUACUUAUACGGUCACCAUUUCACGCUGUAUACGGAUCAUCGCCCGUUGACAACGAUUUUUGGACCAAAGAAGGCAGUUCCAUCUUUGGCCGCAGCCCGGUUACAGAGGUGGGCUCUUCUCCUGACGACCUAUAACUAUUCCACAGAAUACAAAAAAGGAGAAGACAUGGGUAAUGCGGAUGCUUUGUCAAGGUUACCACUGGCCUACGAGCAGUCAGUGGAACAAACAGUUUUCCUGGUACAACGGGACAUCCCAAUCAAAGCGGAGGAGAUUGCGAAGGAAACGGAAAAGGAUGAAGUCUUGAAAAGGGUAAAAAACUAUACUAUGUAUGGAUGGCUGCAGCAUAAUGAGGUGGCAAGUAUGAAACCUUAUGUCACCAGAAGGGAUGAAUUAGCGAUAGAAGAUAAUUGUAUUAUGUGGGCGGACAGGGUUGUGGUUCCACAAGUAUUGAGAGAAACAGUGUUGCAGAUGUUGCACGAGGGUCAUCCGGGAGUAGUGCGGAUGAAGAUGCUGGCUAGGAGUUAUGUUUGGUGGCCAGGUAUGGAUAACGAGAUUGAUGAUACAGUAAAGAAAUGCACAGCCUGCCAACUAACUAGGCAUAGCAUACCACAGAAGUCUUGGGUGCCGUGGCCGGAAGCUUGUCGAGUGGGGGAACGAGUGCAUGUGGACUUUGCUGAAAGGGAGGGAAAAAGGUUGUUGAUCUUGGUUGAUGCCUAUUCUAAGUGGGUGGAAGUAUGGCCAAUGCAGAGCACGGUGGCAGAGAAAACAAUUGAAAAGUUGCGAACGGCUUUUGCAGCAUAUGGCUUGCCGGAAAACCUGGUGGCGGAUAAUGGGCCUCAGUUUCGCUCAGAGGAAUUUCAGCAGUUUUGCAAGGCAAAUGCCAUCAACCUGCAGUUGACACCACCGUUCCACCCCCAAUCCAAUGGAGCAGCGGAGAGAACAGUGCAGUCAGUAAAAACAGCCCUUCUGAAGCAAGCAGUGGAGAAUGGUCUAACGGGAGGGACACUCUCCCUGCAGCAUACAUUGGAUAAGUGGUUAUUUGCAUAUCGCAACACACCUCACACCACAACGGGGAAGACCCCAGCGGAAAUGUUCUUAAAAAGGAAGCCUCGUACACAAUUGUUGUUGGUGAAACCAAACUUGCCGGAAUAUCAUAAAAAGCCAAGUAGGCUGAGAGGAGGGCCAGGACUCAGGUUUAGUGUACACGAUCUGGUGUGGGUAAAGUGCGUCAGAGGAGAACAGACUCGGUGGAUACUGGGAAGGAUUGUAGAGGUGGUGAGCAUGGUUACAUAUAGAGUCAAAGUAGGGGAAAUAAUAAGAUUUUGCCAUCAGGAUCACUUAAGGAGGAGUCACUUGCAAGAGGAGAUACAAUUCCGAAGCCGAAAGGGGGCAGCAGGGGCAGUGAGUGGUACCGGACCGAGGAAAAUCCAAGGGGAGGAGAAAUCAGAAGUGGGGGCAGCAUCUCCGCCAGGGGGACCAGCGACAACGAGAGCAGCAGAAGGAGCAGUGGAGAACCGGAUAGAAGAAGGACCAAGCGAAGCUCCGAGCACAGUAGAAGAUAGUGAAGGGGAAGAGUUUAGGGGCUUCGGUGAAGAAAUAACUGUUUUACCCACCCAGAAAUUGUUGGCACAAAGGUGCAGUGGGAGGGUGAGGCGUCCCCCUAAGCAGUGGCAACAAUGGUAGGGGAGGUGCUGAAGUGAACAGAAGUGAUAAACAGUGCAGUUGGGGAAAAAGAAAAGAAAAGAAAAGAAAAGAAAAAAAAAAAAAAAAACUAAUUUAGUAGGGAGGAGUGUAGUAUAGAUGAAUUAGCAAGUGGGUUUUCCGAUGUUGGCGACUCUGAGUCUGGGAAGAUGGCGGACAUGUGCAGUACAUAACAAAAACAACCUUGGUUGGUACAGUAAUUCAUUUUCAUUCAUGACCAUUUUCUCCUUGCAUCACUGUAAACAUUUUAUUACUCACAGUUAAUCCAUAAAAAAAAUAUUUACUGCCUGAUAUCUGUGGGGACGUGUAUUUACAAUUUACAUUAAGAGUUUUAAUGGAAGUAUUGAAAUACUUAAUAAUAUUCAUGUGGCAAGAAUAUAGUGCUGAAAAAAAAUUGGUUAAUGUCCACAACGGUACCAAGAUUGCUAUAUUAUUUUUACAGAAAACCUUUAAGGCAAUUUAUUAUUUGGGAUAAUCUUGCAAGUCUGGAGUAAAAAAUUAAUAUAAAUUUGAAAUAUGGUUCUAAGGUGUGUUUUUAAGUUUAGUGCAAGGGUUUUUCUAAACAACAAAUACUUAUUCUAAUGGUCUACAUAUAAGGGGUGUGAGGCUUAUUAAAUAGCAUGGCUUAUGUUAUCCUAAAGGAGAGCCACUUGUCUGAAAAAAAAUAUUAAAUCUCCUCUUAAUAGUCUGUCUUUACUUCUUGACAUGUUUUACAAUCAUUCUCUAAGAGGUGUUAUAAGUAGGGACCUGAAAAAUUCGCGAUCGCGAUAAACCCGAAAAAUAACACGAAUUUCUUUAUUUAACAGUAGAAACGUGAUUUUUAAUGUUUUGAGUCAAUAACGCGAAUUUGUUGUAAACAAAUAACAAUUCACGAUUCAUUUAACGAAUUUACGAGCUGGCGAUAUUUCCUAUUGAAUACAUCGAUAUUUAUCGUUUUCUUUGAUAUACGUGUUCUCUAAGUCGCUGUAUCUAAAUAAGUUCGACUAAUCGAUUUUGAGUAAAACAUCCACACGCGACGCGAAACGAUCGCCAUUUCAGAUUUCACUUCUUGGGUUUUGACGUGAUUGUCGCAUACGAGUGAUUUAUCUAAAGUUUCAUGCCGUUAUUAUAAGUAUAAAGAUGCCAAAACUUCCAGUCAGUGUACGGCAACGAGCCGACGAAUUCAAAAGUGCCGGUGUUUAUGCGUCAGAUGCGUCAACGCUUAUGUGUAAAUACUGCAACUGCAGAGUGGUAUUUGAGAGGAAAGAUUCCGUUUUAAAACACACAAAAAGUGAAAAACAUGUCAACUCUAAAAGAAAAUACACGAAUGGUUCUUCUGAAAGGAAAAUCCAGACGUCUGUUGUCGAGAAUUUCGGAAGCGUAAAUCAACGUAAAAUCGACAUUGAACACAUGGCAAUGAAAACGACAGAGGCAUUCGCCAAGGCAAAUUUACCGCUGGAAAAAUUAGAAGUCCCACAUUUAAAGUCAUGGUUAAAUGAGUUCGUUGAAGGUAGGAUUUUUCCCCGUUGCAUUCUGAGUUAAGCUCUUCUGUUUUUAUUAAUUCUUGGUCAUUAAAUAUCGUAUUGUUAGAUCCUACAGUGCAUAGGCCUAACCAUGUCAGAGAGUCGGUAAAACUCGCUGUUUUAAUAAAAAUAAUGCCAAUGUCCAUACACAUUGAUAAGCUGAAGGCAUAAUUUUUUUUUCUUUCACGAGGCUGGGUAUAACUCAACUCAUUCCCCACCCUCCUCCGUUUCUUUUUUUGCAUUUUGCAAUGUGUGAAAACACCACCUCGAUCUGUUCACAACUUACCUGCAAUAUUAAAAGUGUUUCCUAAAAUUAUUUCGGCGAAUUACUCACCAAAUAUUUAUUAUAUUUGUGAUACACACGUGUUUAGUAAAGUAAUAUAAUGUAACUUAAGCCUAUUUAGUAAAAAUAUGGUGGCAAGUUGGUAACUUGUAGGCCUACUUUAUUUAGUAUUUUUACUGCUUCGAAGUAGACAAAACUCAAAGUACAAAAAUAUGACAUCGCAAUUUCUUUACAAAAAGUGUGUGAAUUAAUUUCCUUGAUGUUAAUAGGCCACUCUACUGUGGUAUUAGAGUAAAUAGGCCCAACUUACUUUUUCUGUAGCAUUUUAGGUUAUGUUACUUUUUUUUACCCCACAAACAUUGACACUAACUUAUUUGGUUUCUUUGAAUGCAGAAUGAAUGUAAAAAUAAAUCCUAAUGCAAUAAAAUGAUUUAGCAUCGUAGGUCUAGGCCUACCCUUUUACUAGCCUUUCCAUUUUUAAAGUGCUCUAUGACAAAAUUCCUUUAGUGAAAUUUCUUGUAUUCAGUAAGUAUUACUUUGUUAAAUGAUGAUUUAAAUUUGUUAUUUUCUAUGCAAUUGUGUGUUAUCAGCAUAUGUAUUCAAAAGUAAAAAUACUUAACACUUGUUUAAUCAAAUAAUCAGACAUACUUCAGAAUACUUAGAAUACUUCAUUUGAAACAUCCACGAUGUCAAAUUAAAAAUAAAUUUUAAAUAAAAUAACCUCGCUUUUAUAUCACGAAUUUUGGGGAAAAUAACACCACUUUUGAGAAAAAAUAACCCCACUUUUUUCAGGUCUCUAGUUAUAAGUUCUGAGGUUCGGUUAUAUAUUACAAAUACUGUGAUAUUGUGAGAAUGGUCAGCUAAAUUAGGUUAAAUACAUUAAAAAUCCUGAAAUAUUGUUUGAAUAAUUGGUUAGGAAUUUCCAAUGUAAAAUGUAGCUAACUUUAAUUAACUAAACAUAACUAAACAUACUAUAGUAUUGUUACGAACGUGACAUUGGCCGGGACACGUGAAGGUGCAGAGCUGGCUGGCGACUGCCGCAAUAUGAUAUGUGCCGAGCGCGCCUGGAAGAUAACAAGGAUUGUCGCUUUCCCCCCUCCUUCCCAUCACUCCCCGUGCGGCGCCCUGCCUUUAAGACGUAACUGACACCGA